UUGAAGGAAAAAAGAAAAGUUAUCUUAAUCAUCUUUCACUUGAAUAAAGAGUCAAACUCAAAGCUUCACCGGCUCGGGAGCACGUGUGGAGGCAGGAGCAAGGCUUGGAUACCUUCCUUCUUCUCUUUCUAAAGCUUAACUGCUCAGAAAGAGUAGAAUGGGGAGUAGGGUUCCUGUGCAACACUACAACUUAAGGUCUGCUAAUUCCUUCAUCGGUAGCUCUCUGCAUGAUCUCAAUACCGUCGAUUCCCGCCCCAAUAAUCUCGACGCCAUUGGGGAUGCCGUUGAUCGUCAUGCCGAUGAUAGCUUGGACGCAGAUGAUGAUUCCAAUGCUGCUGUUGACUGCAUGCAUGAAUCCUAUAGGAAUUCCUUACCACUUCAUGGUGUUGGAGUGGAAGAAGAUCGAACUAGCCUUGAGAACAAUGGGUCUUCAAGAGGUGCCUAUGAUAUGUUGACCAUUGAGGAUGUUUCGCCUAUUGAGUCUGCUAGAGCAAGAUUUUUGCAAAUAAUCGUGGACCACUUUAUUAGUGAUCAUGUGAUUGAAGUGGCUGAUAAUGAGGCUGAAUAUGUUGGUCUCUCAGGACAAGACAAAUUGAAUAAAAGGAAAUCAGGAGAUGUGCAAUAUGAAGGUGAUCCGAGGUUUGCUUUGCCCUUGAUGUAUGUUGCUAAUCUCUAUGAAACACUAGUGCAUGAUGUAAAUAUGAGGCUGGCUUCUUUGAAUGGUAUUCGAGAUAAGACCAUUGGAGUAGCCCUUGAAGCUGCUGGUGGUUUGUAUAGAAGAAUGGCUAAGAAAUUUCCUAAAAAAGGUUCUUGUAUAUUUAAAAGAAGAGAAUUAGCAACUUCUCUUGAGACAAGGACACGAUUCCCAGAACUAGUAAUACAAGAAGAGAAGAGAGUACGUUUUGUGGUGGUCAAUGGUUUGGAUAUAGUUGAGAAGCCUAAUAAUGUGCCUGUUGAAGAUGCUGAGUGGUUUAAAAGAUUGACAGGUAGGAAUGAUGUCAUCGUCUCUGCUCGAGACUAUAAAUUCUACUCUCCAAGGCACAAGUAUAGGCGCGUUGUGUCCAACAUUCCUGGUUUGCCAACACUUCCUGCUACAGACAAUUCUUCUACAAUUGCUACUGCACAAGGAUUUAGAUCCCCACAAAAUGAGCAGCAAACUCCCUCAAAGCAUCACGUGGAUUCUUUGUCGCAUCAGCCUCAGUUUCACCCAAUUCAUCAGAACCAUCAUCAAGUUCACCAAGGUCAACAUGCAACCCAGUUUUCUCAAAAUCAACAAUGUGGACCAAGUUCUCACUUGUCCGAAAUCACCCACGCUAAUCAGUCUCCUGGCAUUCCACAACACAUGGCCUACUUACAACCGCUCACAGGAGGUCAUGUUGCAGGGCGCUUGCAUUUAAUGCCUGCAAGCCCGGCAAAGUUUUGCGAUGAAUGUGGUGCUCCAUAUCUUAGAGAAACUUCGAAGUUCUGCUCAGAAUGUGGUACAAAGAGGCUAGGUAUGUGACAUUGAAGAUCCAUAAAUCUAUUAAACCUUUUCCUCCAUCUAUUGUAAUUUGUAAAUCUUGGAAAUAGUUAUGUAAUUAGAAUGGGAUUAGUCUUGUUUCUUGCUA